AUGUCAAAGCCCUCGUCGACCGCCACGACGCACACGCAACUGCCUCCGACGUACCAGCCGCACGCGUCAUCGUCGGCCGGCUACGGCGCGACGAACGACGAUCGCGACCCCUUGCUUCAGGCUGCGGCCCGUGGUGACGACGAGGAUGACAUUCCAGAGGACUUCAAGGUCAGUUCUGAUCUGAUCUUUCUGAUCUUUCUAAAACUACCAAGUCACUGCGCUCGCAUACUGACCGACCCUCUGGUACGAUGCGGUACGACCCACCAGAUCGGAGUGACCGUGUCGCAGUCUUCAAAGGAUGUGCGCAUGCAGUUCGUGCGCAAGGUUUACAUCGUCCUCACGAUGCAGUUGGUAAGCUCCAAACACAUGCCACUGUGCUCAGCUCGGGACCUGCCGCGCCGAGUCUCCGAUGGCUGACCUACCCCACCCCACGUGCCGGCCCCCUAUCGUUGAUCCGUUACUCAGCUCGCCACGUUCGGCGUCGGCAUGUUGAUGCGCGGCGAAGCGGCGACGCAAUGGACUCGCGAACACUCGGGUCUCAUGAUGAUCCCCAUCCUGGGCUCCUGUAAGUCCAAAUGCGCAUGAAGGAACAGAGGAGCAUCGCUGAGCCCAGGGUCCAUCCAUUCUCCUACGCAGUCGCGAUGAUGCUCGGUGCCUUCUGGAAGCGCCACUCGCACCCUCUCAACCUCGUCUUCCUCGGCGCCUUCACGCUCUGCGAAGGCGUCUCGGUCGGUGCCGUCGUCUCCUUCUACGACCAACGCAUCGUCCUCCUCGCUCUCGGCAUCACGCUCGGUCUCUUCGUCGGCCUCACGCUCUUCACCCUUCAAAGCAGAUACGAGUUCGACUCGAUGGGGCCCUACCUCUUCUCCGCCUUGCUCGUGUUUUUCAUUACCAGUCUGGUUGGGAUGUUCAUUCCCUUCUCCAACACGAUGGAUCUCAUCAUGGCCGCGGUGGGAGUCUUGCUGUUUAGGUAAGACCUCUGCCCAACUCGGCGCUUUAUCUAUCAAAAAUUGCUGACUCCAAAAAUUGCUGACCGUGCUCUCACUCCUCCAACACAGCAUGUACAUCAUCUACGACACCCACAUGCUGAUGAAGAGGCUACACGUCGACGACUGGGUUAUGGCCUCGAUCUCGCUCUACUUGGAUUUCAUCAACCUCUUCCUUCAAGUCCUUCGCCUGCUCUCCGACAUCCAGGACCGCUGA